AUGGCAUCUCUAGAUGUGAGAGACGAGCUGGACUGCUCAAUCUGUCUCGGCAUUUAUACAGAUCCUGUAACUCUGCCAUGUGGACACAACUUCUGUAAGGGCUGUAUUACCAUGUUGUUGGAAAAGCAGAAGGAAUCCGGAGUUUACUCCUGUCCGGAGUGCAGAGAAGAGUUUAAGGAAAUGACUUCUCUGUUGAGGAACAUAACUCUCUGUAACAUAGCCGAGCGUUUCCUGUCUGCUCAGCCAGCUCUGAACGGUAAUGAAGUUUUUUGCACGUAUUGUGACUCUUCUGUUCCUGCUGUGAAGACCUGUCUGCUGUGUGAAGCUUCUCUGUGCGGCAAACACUUAAAAAAGCACAGAAACUCACCAGAACAUGUGUUGGUGGAUCCCACCACGUCCCUGGAGAACAGGAAAUGCCCCAUCCACAAAGAGGUCUUCAAGUACUACUGCGCUGGGGACUCUACCUGUAUAUGCGUGACCUGCAGGCUUGAUGGAAACCACCAGACACAUCAAGUGGAUUCACUAGACAACGCCUCUGAAAAGAAGAAGCAAGCCCUACGAAAUCUUCUGCCGAAGAUGACCUCUAGCAGAGCAGAAACUGAGAAAACUGUCCAGAAACUGCAUGCACAGAUGAAAGACAUACAAGAUAAAGCAGCAGGUAAAACCAAGAGAGUCACCGCCAUCUUUCGAGACCUGAGGACCCAGCUGGAUGAUCUGGAGAAGAGUGUCCUCACUAGGAUCUCCGAACAAGAAAAGCAGAUGACCUGUUCCAUCUCUGACCUGAUCAAGCAGAUGGAAAUAGAGAUGGACGAGUUGCUGAGGAGGAUGCGUCGCAUUGAGGAGCUGUGUGACUUGACCGAUGCUCUUACUGUCCUACAGGAAUCAAACAGAAAAGAGUUUUUUGAUGUUGGAAAGAAGGACUGUAACGUUGGAGAAGAUUAUUUAAAAAUAGUCCAUGCUGCAGGAAAUCUGGAUGAGACUGUAAUCAUAGAGAUAUUACAUGCAAAAUUCUCUGAUAGUAUUACCACAACGAAGAAAGAUAUUUAUAUACCAAGGAAGUCCUACAAACUGGACGGCAACACAGCCGCUAAAAGUCUACGUCUAUCCCUGAAUGGAAAACGGGCGGAAUGGAUAAAACCAGCACCAGGUUCAUCAUGUGCGGACUCUCCAGGAAGAUUCCAGGACUGUUCCCAAGUUUUAAGCACCCUUUGUUUCUCAUCAAGUCGAAACUUCUGGGAGACUGAGACGAGUGAUUGUGGAGAGUGGAGGUUAGGAGUGUGCUACAGCACUAUUGAUAAGAAAGGAGAUACUUCAUAUUUGGGGUGUAAUAACAAGUCCUGGUGUCUGUCGAAGUCUUCCAACAAUCGGUAUUCGGUUAUACACGACAGACGGGAAAUUAUAAUAUCUCAUAAUAUUUCCUGCAAUAGAUUCAGGGUCUCUCUGGACUACGAGGCAGGGCAAGUGUCCUUUUAUGAACUGUGCAGCCCCAUCAGACACCUUCACACCUUAUCUGCCACCUUCACUGAGCCCCUUUAUGCUGCAUUCUAUGUGUUUGGAUCUAAUGCCUUUGUAAGAAUCACAACAUAG